CCAGCUGUCGACUAUUUUCAUAUUGUUCUGCUAAUUUGCUUGUGUAUUUUUUGUUCUGUGAGAUUUUGCGGCUAGUUUCACACGAUUUUGCUGGUUUUGUAGCAUAAGUUAUUUGAAAUAGAUUUCCGGAAAAAGUAAAAUAUGGAGUUUACAAUAAAUCACUACUAUAGCAAACAAAAUAGCCGGUGCGGCUACUGCAAGGGCACCAAGUGCUCCGUAUCCCAUGGUAUGCACGCCUACACAAUGUUUCCUCAAGAUUACCAGGAGUUAAUAGAUCGUGGCUGGCGCCGAUCAGGACUUUAUUGUUACAAACCAUUAAAUAGUGAAACUUGUUGCCCGUGUUACACUAUUAAAUGUGAUGCCUUAGAAUUUAAAUUAUCAAAAUCACAUAAGAAAGUCCUGAAACGGAUGUCACGCUUUCUACGCGACGGGAAAAAAGACAAAAGUGAAGAAAUCGAAGCAUCUGAUGCGGUUAAAGAAGAUAAAGGCGAAAAACAUGUUAAUAUCGAUGAAGGAGGUGGUGGCGGCGCCAAGGAAAAGGAACCCGAAUCCGUUGGUGGAAUACGUGAUGAGCCACAAGAGCCAAAGUUGCCUAUUAGUGACGUAAAUCUAGAAGCCGUGGCAGCCGCCAAUCCGGAGAAACAUGAAGCAGCGCGUAAAGAGAAUGAACACUUUGAUGACCAGACCUCGUCUCAAUUCCAAAAUGAUGACGAUAAUGAUAGGCAAUGCGGAGGGCGAUCUGAUUCUCUGAAUAGCUCUAGGAAAUAUUAUGAUGGUACAAAUUCACCACGUCAAAAGGCGAAAAAAAUGCGAUUGGAACGAAGGCAAGCCAAAUUAGCUGCCAAAGGUAUUUCGGCCUCGGAAGAUAAAACAGCAUCGUCAAAAAAGCAGGGAAAUAAUCAAGAGAAAACACUUUCAGAUUAUAUCGCUGAUGCUAGUUCGAGUGACAAGCAUAAAUUAGAGUUAAAAUUGGUUCAUGUAAAAAGUCAACAGUUUAAGGAUUCGCUAAAAUUCACAUAUGCGAUUUACCAGAAGUAUCAAACUCGCAUACACAACGAUCCACCGACUCAUAUAAGUGAUUAUUUGGAGUUCUUACAACAAUCGCCAAUUAAGUACACAAAUACACGCGAUGGUCCUACAGCCGGUUAUGGUUCGUUUCAUCAACAAUAUUGGUUGGACGAUAAGCUUAUAGCAGUAGCAGUUAUUGACAUACUUCCAUAUUGCGUCAGUUCAGUAUACUUUUUUUAUGAUCCAGACUAUAGCUUCUUGUCGCUGGGCACCUAUGGAUCAUUGAGAGAGAUCGAGCUUGUUCAACAAUUGGCGAAAAAAGUACCAGCUCUCAAAUUCUACUACAUGGGUUUCUACAUACAUUCUUGCCCCAAAAUGCGUUACAAGGGUCGCCUGGUGCCAUCGUAUUUGCUAUGCCCUGAGACGUACACUUGGCAUUUGUUGACUGAUGAAAUUCGCACAAAGUUAGAUCAACACAAAUAUCAACGUUUUAAUUGUAAUGCAAGUGCGAAGGAUGCUGAAGAUUUUCAGGAAUCUGACUUAAAUAAUGUGGUGCUCUUAUAUAAUAACACUUACCUUACAUAUCGACAGUACAUACAGUCAUGUAAAAUACCGAGCAUUGACAACAUGUUGGACGUCAUAAGGAGCAGAAUUUACAAAAAGAUUACUGGUGACGAAGAUGAUCGCGAUUUAGUAUUGGAGUAUGGCAAAUUGGUUGGCAAGUCAUUAGCGCACCGUAUGCUCUACGUCAAAAGCUAAAGUUGUCUACAUACAGACGAACAUACAUAUAUGUUUAUAUAUUUAUAGAGAAAUUUUGAAUUUGUAAAAAUAUAUAUUUCUUUUGAUUUACGUCUUCUAAUUACAGUCAAACUGUUUAUUAUAGAAAAAUUAAAUACUUCUAGUAAACUAAUUUAUGUUUUGUUACUAUGUAGGAAGCCAUGCUUCUGUUGUGUUUAUUUAGUCAUGCUAUUAAUAUUUUACUUAAAUAAAAUUAUAUUUUACUUACUAUUAAUA